ACUUUCUGUGUCUUAAAAGGAGUCUAUUAUAUGUAACACUGAGUUUAUUACACAGUCUUGGUUUAUGUCAUUUUCUUUUUAUGUGUUUAAUCUUCAGUUAGAACUGAACGCACUUUAAAAAACCGUCGGUUGAAACUGUUUAUUCAGUUUCAAGUUGUGUAAGAAAAAAAAAAGCUGAGAGCCUUUUUAUUGAGUUCAUAAACCAAACACAAAAUUUAAUCUUUUCAAUAAACUGAUUCUGGGUUUGGAUUAAACUAACUUGUCAUUGCUUGUAUUGCACUACUCGGGUGGGUCUUGGUUUAAUAUAAUUUUACUUUUUUUGUGUUUGCUUCAAGCUAUGUUUCAAGUUUUUUUUAAUUAAUAACAGUGAAGAAUUUAUCCUUUUUGGGUGUUUUUGUUCAUUAUUUUUGUUUUUGAGAGUUUGGAGUUUUUUGUAAUUGUUGAGGGGUUUGGGGGGAUUGGUGGUUUAUGGGAUGGGUGUUGUGGUGGUGCCACCAAUUAUUCAGCUGAUGAAAUUCUUUCUUAUUGCUUUUGUUUUUACUGUCCAAAGAUCUGCAGGAUCUAAUAUUUCUCCUCCUCCAGCAUUCUUUUCUGAGAUUUCUCCUACAGAAGGGCCACUACCUAUUGGAUCUGAUUUGAAUUCCCCACUUUCGCCACCUAAGUCCUCACCAUUGCCCCCGGAAGUUAGAGGAACUGUGCCAUCACCAAGUAUUGCAGCAGCAAAUGCACCAGAUAAUAGAGCUUCUCCACCAUUUAAUUAUACAGCAGCACCUGCACCCUUAAUUGCUGAAGGACAUGAACUACAUAUUCCGCCAAAUGCUUCUGGAAGAAAGGCCCCGAUUAUACAGAGUCCGGUAUUUCCGCCAGCAUCACCACCAUCCGAUAAUUUGAUACACGAUUCACCAGUGAUCCACCCUGUUGCACCUGAGACUUCACCCAUUAUCAAUGCUAGUACACCUGAAAGUACAGCACCUAGUGCUCAUAAAAAAGAGGCAUUCAUACCAGUUGCAUCUCCACCAAGGGAAGCAGGACAAAACCACCUAUCACCUCAUCCAAUUGCACCAGCAAAAAUGCCAUUUGUGCCUCCCGUUGUAUCACCAACAGGAGAAUUUUCAGGGCAUUCGCCAGCAAGCCUCCCUGAGGAAUCACCUUCUACACUACCAGGUCCUGCUCCUGAUGUCUCUCAUACAUCAAGCCCUCCCCCGAGCAUCGACUGGAAAAGGUUCGGAAUUCCUGUUGCUGCGCCACCGAGUGAAACACCAAAUCAAUUACCGUCUGUGAGCCAUCCCCCAAGCAAAGCUCCUUCUACAUCUCAUGGAACUUGGCAUCUCAAUCAUGGUCCUGUUCCAUCUUUAUUGCCUCCUGAAUCUCCUCUAAGUAAAAGAAAUCACACUUCCGCAUCGUCACCUUCUAUCCCAUCUCAUAAUCAGCACCAUCCAAGAACCAGCACCGGCAGCCCUGCUCCUGCAUUUUCUCCGCCCUCUCCAAAGCAGCAAGGUCCAGCUGUCUCUCCAUUUAUUCCAGCAAGUAGGCGAACACACUAUGCUCCUCCAUCCCUUAGCCCAGGAUCACCAGUUUCUGCAUUACACCCGUUCCCUACUCCAGUGAUCAAUAUCCCACCUGCUCCUUCUCCUUCACCAUCUUCACCAGAAGCAUCUGGAUGGACCAAAAUGCCUGUUCUUUCCCCUCAAGUUUCUCCUUUGGGGCCUUCACCAAGGACUCCAAAAAGGCCCUUUAAGCCACCAGUUCAUGCAUUCCCUCCGCCACCUCCAAAUGAAGAUUGUUCAGAAACUGUUUGUGUGGAGCCAUACACAAAUACUCCACCCGGCUCUCCAUGUGGAUGCGUCUUACCCAUGCAAGUUGGACUGCGCUUGAGUGUUGCAUUAUAUACAUUUUUCCCUUUGGUCUCAGAGCUUGCUCAGGAACUUGCUGCUGGCGUUUUCAUGAAACAAAGUCAAGUUCGUAUUAUGGGAGCCAAUGCUGCUAGCCAGGAGCCGGAGAAGACCAUCGUCCUCGUUGACUUGGUCCCUCUUGGAGAAAGAUUUGAUAAUACAACCGCCUCUUUAACAUUUCAGAGAUUCUGGCAUAAGCAAGUAGUAAUAAAAGCCUCAAUUUUUGGUGGUUAUGAAGUAUUGUAUGUGCGGUAUCCAGGUCUGCCCCCAUCUCCACCUUCCGGCAUUUCUAUAAUAGAUGACGGUCCAUAUUCUGGAAAUAACAACAAUGCAAGGACAAUAAAACCCCUUGGAGUUGAUCCGCACAAAAGACACCAAAAUAAUGGGCUUGGUGCUGGCAUGAUUGCUAUUAUUGCCCUGUCGGGUUCUGUGGCUCUAAUUCUGUGCUCUGCUGUUGCUUGGGUUUUUCUGGUUAGGCAUAGAGGUCACAAUCGUCAACGAACACCAACUCUACAGCCUUUGCCAUCUUCAGUUGCAAAACCAUCAGGGACCACUGGGUCAGCAAAUGGAAGUGGUCUAAGUUCUACUUCGUUGUCAUUUGGGUCGAGCAUUGCACCUUAUACAGGAUCAGCUAAGACCUUCAGUGCAAGUGAGAUUGAAAAUGCUACAAAAAACUUUGAUGCUUCACGGAUAAUUGGGGAAGGUGGCUUUGGGCUUGUGUAUAGUGGUAUUCUUGAAGAUGGGACCAAAGUGGCUGUGAAAGUUCUCAAGCGAGAUGAUAAUCAAGGUGGUCGAGAAUUUUUGGCGGAGGUUGAAAUGCUUAGCCGUCUUCAUCACAGAAAUCUGGUCAAGUUGAUAGGAAUAUGUACAGAGGAGCGCUCACGUUGCUUGGUUUAUGAGCUCAUACCAAAUGGCAGCGUAGAAUCUCAUUUGCAUGCAGGGGCUGAUGAGAAAUCUGUUCCACUUGAUUGGGAUACCCGAAUAAAAAUAGCACUUGGUGCUGCUCGAGGUCUAGCUUAUCUACACGAGGAUUCAAGUCCACGUGUUAUACAUAGGGACUUCAAGGCUAGCAACAUCUUGCUGGAAAAUGACUUCACACCAAAGGUGUCUGACUUUGGUUUGGCUCGAACUGCCAUGGAUGAGGAGCACAGGCACAUAUCAACCCGUGUAAUGGGAACAUUUGGGUACGUGGCGCCAGAAUAUGCUAUGACUGGGCAUCUUCUCGUCAAGAGUGAUGUAUAUAGCUACGGCGUAGUCCUUCUAGAGCUAUUAAGUGGUAGAAAACCGGUGGACAUGUCACAGCCACCUGGACAAGAGAAUUUAGUUGCUUGGGCUCGCCCGCUUUUAACAAGUCGAGAAGGGCUGGAAAUAAUGACAGAUCCAUCUUUAGGACCUGAUGUCCCAUUUGACAGUGUAGCAAAAGUAGCGGCUAUUGCUUCAAUGUGUGUGCAACCAGAGGUAUCACACCGUCCAUUUAUGGGUGAGGUAGUUCAAGCCUUAAAACUCGUAUGCAACGAAUGUGAUGAAGCAAAAGAAGACGGUUCAGGAAGCUCGAGCCGGGAUUUAUCUAUUGAUAUGGAUUCCGAAGCCAUUGCAGGCUCAGAACAUUUGCUAGACCCUUUCCGAAACCAACCUGUAGGACCCGAUUAUGAUUCUGAGCCGGACAUGGAAAGGGGGCUGUCGAUGUCGUUGUUCAGUGCAUCAGUCAGGUAUGGGAGGCAGGAAACGGGAUCAUUUAGGAGAUACUCUAGUUCGGGUCCGUUGAGAACCGGGAGGGGCAAACACUCAUGGCAGAGGAUGAGGAGAUUGACAGGAGAAAGUGUGAGUGAACAUGGGGAUAUCUUCAGACAAUGGCCAGGUUCACAUUGAUAAUUAGAAUAUAAUUUUGUUCAUACUGACAGAUACAAUUGCUGAAUAUCAAUUUCUUCAUUUCAAGACCGGAUUUUGUUCUCCACAACAGACAGGAGCCGGGUUGGCACGCAUAGUAGUCAUAUCGUCUACGCUAAUAAGAAUGACUUUCAGGAUCCUGGAACUGUGAAAUGAGUGAAGUUAACCAGGAAUAUCGUGGUUCAUUCCGACUCGCAAGAAUCUUUUGAAUCUUGAUACAAUAAAAACAUUUGAAGAACUGAAAGAGAUGUAAUAGAACAAUGAGAUUGCAGAAUCUUGAUGCAGCUUCAAAAUCUUUUUGAAUCACUGAUUCCCUGCAUGUAUUUAUGAAGGGUAGAUGAAUUGACCUUGUUACCGAAAUGUACAAAUUUUGAAUCACUGAUUCCCUGCAUGUAUUUAUGAAGUAUAUUUCAAGUCAUAAAUGCAUGUUUAUGUUUUAUUGGCUUAA